CAAAAAACUUGUGCUACGUUUUACAGAGAAAAAAAAAUGACUUAAAUAUUAUCUUCUUUUUUAUUUUAUUUAGUGCGCCUAUUUAUGCUUUGGUUUUGGAAAAACAAGAUGCAAUCCAAGCAUGGAGAACACUUAUGGGACCUACAGAUUCGAAUAAAGCAAGAGAUAUUGAACCCAAUAGUAUCCGUGCUAUUUUUGGUACGGAUGGAUCUCAUAAUGCUACCCACGGAAGUGAUUGUUUGACAAGUGCAGAAAGAGAAAUCAACCUCAUUUUUUCUCAACAAAAUGAUCUAGUUCACGUGACUCAAGUGAAAGCUUUAAAUGAACAAGUCGAAUCAAAUGAUACCUGUAAGCCCGAUGCCACUCCCAAUACGGCCGAUUUUGUAACUUCUCAAGAUAAUGUCAACGAUUUAAUAAAUGACGAUACUGCCGCUAUUUUAUCCGAAAUUGCCACUAUUGACACAUCUCCUGCCGAAUCUCUCUUUACCGAUAUCAACAUACCUGCUACAAUUACUGAAGACAUUGCCGUGACCAACGAGCCCGAUGUGCAAGAACCUGCCACAGUGAAGGAAACUGUCAGUACCACAGAUUUUGAGAUUACUGAUGCAGCCAAGGAGGUAUGCGUUAGUAAGGAUGACCAUACUGAUGAUGUCGAGAUAAAGGCCGAUAAAGAAGAUUCGAUUGCCAAGACCAAUCCUGUUGCAGUAGAGAACCUUAUAGUCGGCGAAGAGCCUCUCGUCAUAGAAGAGCCUGUUAUUGCAAAACAGUCUAAAGUUGAUGAUGAGCCUGCAGUUAUUGUAAAGGAUGUGUUGGUAGAAAAUCCAGCUACCAAAGAAGAGCCCUUUGUUAAAGAAGAAGCCGUUGUACAGAAGGAGUCUUUGACAAAUGAAGAGACAACUAUUGAUGCAGCCCCCAUUGUCAAGGAAAUGUCUGAUGUUGAGGUACCUCUUACUGCUGAGGUAGCGCCUAUUGUUGAGCUAACACCUAGUGCUGAUGUAUCACCUACUGUUGUGGAAUUAUCUAUCGUCGAGGAAGCGCCGAUUGUUACAGAAACACCUAAUGUUGAAUCGAUUUCUAUUGUUGAAGAAACACCUGUUGCUGAAACAGCACCUACUGUCGUAGCAUUGUCUAUUGUUGAGGAAGCAUCUAUUGUUGACGAAUCGCUUGUUAAUGAGGAAACACACAUCAAUAAAGAAUCUACCGAAAAGAAAGAAACUGCAAAUGACGAUGAGUCUUAUACCAAGGAAGAACCCAUUGUUGAGGGAAAAGACGAUCCUAUAGUUAAAGAAGAGUCUACAGUCAAUGAGGAGUCUACUCCCAACAAAGAGUCUACUAUUAAAGAGGAGCUUGCUCCCAAAGAAGAGCCUAUUACCAAGGAAGAUUCUAUUGCGAAGUCGGAAGUUGCUAUCGAGGAAACACCCAAUAUUAUUGAAGAACCUACCACAAAGGAAGAACCUGCCACAAAGGAAGAACCUGCCACAAAGGAAGAACCUGCCACAAAGGAAGAACCUGCCACAAAGGAAGAAAUUUCUACUACAUCAGAUGCUACCGAGGAGAAGAUUACCGAUAAAGGAGAAUCUACCACCAAAGAAGAACCUGUUAUUAAGGAAGAGGAUAUUAAAAAGGAGGAGCCCAUUAUUAUUAAUGAUUCUACUCGUCCUGAAAAACCAAACACACCAGAUGAAACCACAGAGGAGGAGCCCACUGAGAAGGACAUUGUUGAGGAGAAGUCUCUUACAAAGGAUACAUCAGCUGUCGAUAAAUCUACUUUAGUUACAGAAGCUUCUGUUGUCAAAGAGCCUACGCCCAAGACUGAACACAAAGAGCAGAUUGCUGUAGAGGAAAAACCAAAAGAGGAAACUGUAGUCAAGAAAGAGCAAACUUUGAAAGAAAAACCCAAAGACAUUGCCUCGAUCGUGAAACCUAAUCGAUUUGCUCCAACCAAGUCCGCUUUUGCCGAAAAUCCAUUUGUGAAAGGAAAUUUUGGUCAAGAUGUCAAGAAGGAAAAGCCAGUAAGAAGUAUUGGAAACCUACUUGCUAAUUUUGAAAAUAAAGACAAAAAAGUCGAGACCGCCGUCAAGGUAACACAGCCAACUGUCAUUGUCAAGGAGCCCGUUCCUGCUGCAGUUGCCCAAGAGCCCGUUCCUGUUGUCAUUACUCAAGAACCCAUUUCUGCUGCGGUGGUUGCCCAGGAGCCUGUUUCUGACAUCAUCGUUCAAGAACCCGUCGUAGAGACGGUGGAACCCGUCCCAACUAAAGUUGUUCAAGAACAAGAACCCGUCUUAGAGACAGUGGAACCCAUCCCAACUAAAGUUGUUCAAGAACAAGAACCCGUCUCGGAUGUAGUAGUAGAAGAAACCAUCGAACCUGUUCUUGUUCCACCUGCCCAGAUUACAACCGGAGAUGCUGAUAAUGAACCCAUAGCCGAAGAACCUGUUAUCGGAGCAGAGAAUGACGUCCUUGUUGAACAAACAAUCAAUAAACAGGUAUUGGAACCCGAGUCCGAGCCAGUUGUUAUUGACAAACUGUCAGUGACAUCAUCAACAGCCUCUUUAGACAAAGAAAUUAUAUCCCACGAAGGCUCUUCAAAUGCCACUAUGAAGACGACCCAAUCCAACACAGCAUCCUCAGAAGGCUAUGAAGAUCAAUCGACCACAUCCAGCGGAACCAGUGUCGAUGAGAAAAUUAAGGAGACAGCUAACGUCAAAAAAAGUCCUGCAAAUAAGGUUUCUUCUGUCAAUAAUAAAAAGGAGCUUAAACCUAGAACCCCUAUUAACAAACAACACACAACUUUACGUAAGACAAGUACACCCCAUGACAAUGCCGAUAAGAAAAAGGAACCUGUUUUAAAGAAGCCAGGACUUAAGAAGCCCACGCUUAUUAAAAAGACCGCUACCGAUAAUAAAGAAGCCACACCAGCCGUGACCAAACAUGCUAGAGUGCCAAGAGUUGCUUUACUUACUAAAAAGGUCGCACCUCCUCCCCCCGCAUCAACAACAGCAGCAGGAACGGAAGAAAAACCAAAGAAGGCAGGCUCAACGCGAUCAUUAGUCUCUAGAUUGACAGCCCCUACUGCAGCAAGUGCACGACGCAAGGAACCCGCAGCUCCUACUUCCACAGUCGCUUCCACACGUAAAUCUGCUCCAGUUCAUAAAGCUGUUGUAUCUCCACCUACUUCUACACCCGUAAAGAAGGCAUCUAGUGCUCGUGUAUCUGCUGUACCAGCAACAAAGACCACCAAGACUACUCCUGCAACUAAAACAACACCACCUGUAACAAAACCAGUACGUCGUAUUACUCCUCCAUCUUCUACAGCAACUGCAUCUAAAAAGGUAAUUAUUAGGUUAUACAUAAUUUUUUUUUACCCCCUCCCUAACUUUAAUUAGGUUGCUGAGGCUACACCCGGAGUGAAACAACGAACUAGUGUCAAUAAAACAGGGGCACGUUCACCCCCUUCUUCUUCCGGACUUCCUAAAACCUCUCCAAAAAAAGAAGCAGUGAAUACCAAGGUAUCUGCUACACCACGCAAGAAGCUUGUGAAGAAAUCAACCCCAUCUA